AUGCCCUCCCAAUUGCAACCAAGGUAUCCGACCCUGCUGCCCUACGACGUGCGAUGGCAGCCAGAGCAAGUUCAAGCCUGCAAAGAGCUCUGGGAGUUGCCAGAUGAAGAAACCUCCAAACUCAUGGAACUCAGGAGACGGGUAGCCGACUUGUCCCAUUCGAAUUUGAAUGGCCCCUUUGAGCUGGUUCGGUUUGUCUUGGAGCACUCCUGCCAUGGCAACAUCCACACCAUGGAAAAGAGGGUCCGUCAGUGCGUGGAAUGGCGCGACCGCAUGGAGCUGGAUACAGUGCUGCAAACCUAUGCACCUCUCAAAGUGUUUCUUCAAUUCCCAUUCGCACUGAUUCAAGGCGUGGACAAGGAAGGAGACGCGGUGGUAGUAAUUCGCAGUGGAGCCGGUGACCCAUUGAGUCUGCUGCAACGAUUUGGUCGCGAUGAACUCCUUCAGGGGGUCUUUUGGGGGCAAGAAUUAUUUUUGUGGGGACCAUGGCAACGGGAAUACAUCCAGAAACAAGGGAGGAGACCCAAGCUGGUGACGGCUGUCAUUGAUCUCAAAGGCCUCAACCGGAGACAUUAUCAUCCUGCCUUGAUGCUUAUCGCACAAAAGAUGAUGACACCGAUGCAGUUGCAUUAUCCACACAUGCCCAAAAAGGUUCUCCUUGUCAAUACACCAGGAAUUUUUCGAUUUGUUUGGGCUCUCUUCAAACCGCUGGUGAUGCAUCACUUGCGAAUGUUGAUGGAGGUGGCAUCCGAGGCAGAAACCGAGCAGCUCCUCAGGCAGCACAUGGAUUUGAGCAUACUGCCAGAGAUCAUGGCUCCAGGGGUCGGGAAAGGCAGAGCAAUUCCUGGUCUCAAUCCCAAAUGGGAAGGUGGUAUUUUGUCACCUAGUGACGACGAUUGGGACAGAGCUCCUCUGCUGUACGGGCCUGACGAUGAUACCACGGAAAAAUAUGAUUGGUCACAAUCCACAGCGUCGACUAGUGGCUCGAGCUCGUGUUACUCGUCAUUGUCGUCGACCAAUACCAACACGUCACCCACCAACCCGGUUCCUGUUCGGUCUGCAAAACACCUGCUCAAGGGGGCCUGGACAGAAGGCUUUGAAAACAAUCGAAUUCUCAUCACGUAG